AAGCUUUGAAUGGCUCGUAAAGCCAAAAGAGCUUUGUGCGCAAGAACUGUUUCGCUGGCGUUUUUCACGUUCCUUCUCGCCCAACAGAAUGGAGAAGUGUUCUCGCGUUUCUCAGCGAUGGACCUUGGUGAUGGACCUCGGAGAGACAGAGUUGAUGGAUAUGGUGGUGGGAAUCAAAAGGUGAAACCUGUGGAGAGGACGACGCGGACGAUGUGCGAAAAGGGUGAAAGCAGCGGAAAGACUGGGAGUGCUGAGGAGCCUCAGCAGAGUGUAGUUUGUUUGAAGCAAGGGAAGUAUCAGGGUGCAAUUCAUGAGGGCGUGGCCAGCUUUCUGGGCAUCCCAUAUGCUGCUUGCGAACAGAGGUGGACACCUGCGAAGGCGCCCAAGCCGUCGACGGCUUCGCCGUCCGUGUCCCGACGUUUGGUGCGCUGUCCUCAGCCAGGCCCACCAGGGCGAGGCCCACAGGGUGAGGAGGUCCUUGAUGACGAGGAGGAAGGCCCUUUUCAGCUCAACAUUUGGACACCUCUCAAGGCUGUCCAACCUACAAGCGAUGGCGAUGGCCACACGACACCUCUCGAAGAUCGCAAAUCUCUUUGUCCAGUGUUGGUCUAUAUUCACGGCGGUGGUGGCAAGUCCCAUUCGGCUCACAGUGUACAUGAAAGUGGACACCAGCUGGCUGCGCAGCAAGGUCUUUGCUGUGUGAACAUCAACUAUCGCUUGGGCAUUCUUGGGUUUCUCGCCCAUCCAGACUUGUCAGCUGAAGAUGCAGAAAGAGAAGAACAUGAAGAACAUGGUGAAGAUUCUGAUCGGCUUUCAGGGUCUGGGAAUUACGCGAUUCUGGAUCAAAUUGCUGCACUUCGUUGGAUCCAGCAGAACAUUGCUGCUUUUGGAGGUGACCCAGGGAAAGUCACCCUCUGGGGUCUUUCCUCGGGUGCUCAAUACGUGUGCAACUUGUUGGUCUCGCCGGCGGCGGAAGACUUGUUCCACCGAGCAGUGGUGCAGAGCUGCACAGAUCUGAACAACGUUCGUCAAGUUCAUGGAAGCUGCAAAGUGUGGCUCGGCAAGACCGCUGAGGAUUGGGGCCAAGCUGUUUGCAAGGAGAUAACAGGAAUCGAGGGUGCAGGUCAGUUGUCUGCGAUGCGUUCCACAAAGGUGGAGGAGAUUCUUCAAAAGACUUUCUGCGAAGCUGCUGCGGAUUGUUAUGAGCCGGCCAUCAAUCGAGCAAGGAAUGCCGUCAAGCCGAUGUCAUCGAUGGAGGCUCUGAUGGGAGGACAUUUUCAUCGUGUCCCCGUUCUAUUGGGAGUCACGGAGCAUGAUGGCUUAGGAAAAUGCGAGUUGGAGCAGACCUUUUUGCACGAUGUACGCAGCCGAGCUGACUUCAAGGAGCUUUUGCAAGAGGAGUUUGGAGAUAAAGCCGAAGAAGUCUUCUCGCAUUAUUGGAGCAGUCUUCCGGAUUUGUCGGAAGCGCACGCUGUGCACAAAUCAUUGAGCCUUCUGAGCAAUGAUCUAUGGUAUUUUGCAGGGACAUACUGUAUGGCCGAGAUGACUGCUUUGCAUGGCCGAAAUGAUGUGUUUCUUUACUGCUUUGCAGGUUCCAAGAGAAGUUCCCAUGGAAGUGACAUCAGGUUUUGGAGGGGUACUGGAGGAUCUGGAUCUAAAAGGCUUUCCAGUAUCAUGGCCUCUUACCUCGGAAACUUUGCCCACUAUGGAGAUCCCAAUGAUCCGAACAGAGCUGAACUUCUUCCUGAAUGGAAAGCUUUUAGCGCUGAAACGCCGCAAUGGAUGUUUUUGGCUGCAGACCCUGCAAUGCAGAAGAUGCAGAAGAUUGAAGAGAGUGCUUUGUGCUGGUACAAACUUAUUGCUCGUGAAUAUUUCUCAAAGCGAAUCAUGCAAAAGGUGGAUGCAGACGCAGUUCAAUCUGACAAGAAGCUUCUGCAAGGAGCUUGCAAGCGUUCUUGUACUGGUGAAAAGGCACAGCUAAACGCCUCCACAGACCAUGUUGAUCAACUGGAGUUGGGUUUACUUAUGCAAUCGGCGCUCACCAAGGCACCCAGUCUUUGA